UGUCUCCUUUCCCUUCCCGUAACAUCCCUCCCCUCCACCACCACCGCAAUCAUGUCCACUCACGACGCCGCCCAAUGCACCCAUAUCUAUUGCCAACUUCACCGCGCCAUGGAUCCGUUGGACAACCGUCUGCCGUCCCUGUUACCAAUGGUGCCGCCUUACCGGUCAGCCUCGCACGGCCCAGCUCCACCUUUCCAGUCCAGGGUGAGAUCUAGCUUCUCAUGUCCUUUCUCAGACCCGCUGUUUGGUUUCGGAAAUUCCUCAGCUGCUAGCAGUGUUACACUGGACCACGAGUCGUCUGUGAAGCGGAAGCGUGAGGACGGGGAAAAGGAACAGGAAGGGGAUGAUGAAAAGGAGAUGGACGGGGAGGAGGGGUAUUAUGGUGGGGAGUAUGUUUCCGUCUCGAACCGGGAUGAAGAAUGGAUCGAGAGAGUAGAAGAGAGCUCGGACAACGGCAAUCCCAAGAGAGCGGUCCUACCAACAAAACCACUGGAGCCGGUCACGCCGAUUCGUCCCAUCAGACAGCUAGGGAGUGCCCCUGCUCCAAAAAAGUUGAAGUCGACGCCCUAUCGAGUUAUGCCCGAUAAAUGGACGGACCCCGGUGCGAAGCCUCCUAAGUCGCCUGUAACGUAUGAGGAGUGGACUGCGAAGUAUUGGAAACCCCGCAAAACCGAUUCGAAACCCGUUCUAAUCGGAUGGCAAGCCCGACCAGCCGGCCAGGACAAGAAGAAGGGCUCGGACAGCGGUCCUAAUAGGCCCACUGCGAAGUCGGAUCUUCCAGCCCAGCCUGAAAACGUCGCAACCGCUACACUCACAAACCCCGCGAAUCUGACCGCCAGUGAUGUUUCCGCUAUCGAAUCUACAGAUCUAGCAUCUGAAAAGCUCGCGGCCGCCUGUUCGUCCGGCCUUGAGUGUGAGGAUGGAAGCGUCAUCACCAGCGGGGGUAGUUCUUCCCCCCAGCGCGAAAGUCACUCUCUCGGCUCGUCCGCUAUCAAGAGCAGCCCACCUGGUUCCACCUGCGGCACCCUGGACGAAAGCGGGAAUAGCAGUAGCGACAGCGAGGAUAGCAGCGGCGACAGUGGGAUUGGCAGCGGCGACGGUGAUAUUGGCAGCAGCGACAGCGGGAUUAGCAGCAGCGACAGCGGAAAUAACAGCAGUGACAGCGAGGAUAGCAAUCGCUCCCGCUUUCCUGCUUUGCCCGAAAGAUGGUUUCUACCUGCUCCAAUCUUCCCAAAUCACAUCUAUAACUUUCCGUUCUCGUCCAGCGGGCCUUCAACGGGCUUCUCAUCCAGCGGGCCUUCAACGGGCAACAUUGAUACCAGCGGAAGCAGUAUCGUGGAUGAUGAUGACUGCGACGGCUGUAGCGACUGUUCCCGUGACAGCGACAGCGACAGCGAUUGUUCCUCAUCGUAUUUCGAGGGGGACAUGCAAACCAUCCGCGAAGAGAGAUUCUCAACCGGGGCCUCCUACAGCAGUGUCGCCAGCAAUGGUCCUUCCGCAACACAGCAGCCCCUUCUCGAGGACGAUGAUAUCUGCGGCGGUACUGGUUGCGACCACCUAACCAUCGAUAAACCGGAAUUCCGACGUGUAGUCCAAAACAUCAUGGAAGAGAUUGGGAAAGGAGAUUUCCUCUGGGCUCCUGGAGCGUUGACCACUCUUCAAUCGCUGGCGGAGGACUAUGCCGUGCGUGAAUUGGCAGUGCUGAACAGGAUAUGUCAACAUCGCAAUGGAGACGCCAUUGAGCCCAAGGACAAAGAAUUGCUGGACAUGUUCAGCAUGAGGCGGACCGGGUAUAGCGAGGAUGCAUUCAAGAAGUUCUAA